AUGGUUCUUUCUAUAACUGUUAUCCUGAGUGUUUGCACAAUAUGUCUUACAAAACCUCUUUCGCCAAAGAAACCAUUCCUUCGCAACCUGACCUUCAAUCGAAAACUACGUAACCAAGAAACCCAGCCAAACACAGAUGCCUUUCAACCUGAAGAGAGCAUUAGCCAAGAGAGUAAUGUCGCAAGUGUUGUAAACGAAUUUCUUGACAGGCCGACACCCCGUAAUCGCACAACAAGGGAUGCUAGUCACCCAUGCGUUUCUCGAAUCGUGAGGGUUUACGAUUCGUGUAGAAAGGCUUAUGUUUACAAUGUAGACUGCUUGGAUAGCCACGUCUCCUGUUAUAAAGCAAUUUUAACCCACCAGUAUGACAAGUGUAAUACCGUUUACGGUUACUGGAAGGCUAAAUUUAUAGGAAGGUGUCCUGCAUUACCGAUAGGUUGCCAAUGUGCCGCCUGA